UGAAUACAGAGGCUUGGUCAAACACACAGGAGGCUGUCACUGCGGAGCCGUCCGCUUUGAGGUCUGGGCUUCGGCAGAUCUGCAUGUUUUUAACUGCAAUUGCAGCAUUUGCACAAAGAAGCAGAACAGACACUUCAUUGUCCCAGCGUCGCGUUUCAAGCUGCUGAAGGGUGCUGAUAACUUGACAACAUACACCUUCAACACACAUUGUGCCCAGCACACGUUCUGCAAGACCUGUGGUGUACAGAGCUUUUAUACUCCUCGUUCUAACCCAGAUGGUUACGGAAUAGCUCCCCAUUGUCUGGAUGACGGCACCGUGCAGACAGUUGUCACAGAGGACAUCAAUGGCAAGGAGUGGGAGAAGGCAGUGAAGGAACAUAAGACCAUCAAAGACAUGUCAAAACCGUGA